AUGGUUCCUCCCCCCUCUUGCUCAUCCGGCUUGUGCCCUACCCAGCGUACACUGCAGCGGAAGAGAGUGUCGACAAUAACAAACAGCGGCGACGACAAGGACUACGCGUAAGCGAGCGGCGGCGGCGGCCCUGAUAAGCACCCGGAAUCCCCUGGUGUAUUUCCCCCCCUUCGGGCCUCUCCUGUCAGGAGCCACGCCGCCCGCGCACCUGUUGUUUCUCCCGCUCUCCUCCGGGAGGCGAAGCCUGAGGCUGCCCUGUAGAGCCGCAGCGAGGAGGAGGAGGAGCUUCCGCGGCCGCCGGUCACCGGCGAGGGAUGGUACGCGGGGCCGUCCAGCUGUUGCUGCCGCUGCUACUGUGGUCUCCUUCGGGUCUUUGAUGCUCUGCGUUUACUAGAAGUUUCAGUCUGUUGCCAAAGUCAAAUGAGGAAAAUCAGUUGUUUUGCAAUCCAGCUAUUAUUAAAGACAGCGGUACCUCCAUGCAGUGCCUGAAGCUUCUAAAUUAUAAUCACAGAGCUGAAGAUAUAAACUUCAAGAACCUAAAGAAGUCACCAUGAAGUUAUAUGUAUUUCUGGUCAACACUGGAACUACCCUUGCCUUUGACACGGAACUUGCAGUACAGAAUGUGGCAGACCUUAAACAGGCAAUCCAAACUAAGUACAAGAUUGCUAUUCAACAUCAAGUAUUGGUUGUCAAUGGAGGAGAGUGUAUGGCAGCUGACAGGAAAGUCUGUAGUUACAGUGCUGGAACGGACACAAACCCAAUUUUUCUCUUCAACAAAGAAAUGAUCUUGUGUGAACGUCCUCCAGCUAUCCCUAAAACAACAUUCUCAGCAGAAAAUGAGAUGGAAUUAAAAGUGGAAGAAUCUCUUAUGAUGCCUGCAGUUUUUCACACAGUAGCUUCACGGACACAGCUUGCUGUGGAAAUGUAUGAGAUUGCCAAGAAACUUUGUUCCUUCUGUGAAGGUCUAGUCCAUGAUGAACAUCUUCAGCACCAAGGCUGGGCUGCCAUAAUGGCAAAUUUGGAGGAUUGCACAUAUUCUUACCAAAAGCUACUUUUCAAGUUUGAAAAUGCAUAUUCAAGUUACCUGCAGUCCAUAGAUGAUAUUAAGCUGAAACUUACACACUUAGGGGCUGCUGUUUCAGUAAUGGCCAAGAUCCCACUGUUGGAGUGCCUAACCAGACACAGUUACAGGGAAUGUUUAGAACGACUGGAUUCUUCUGCUGACCAUGGUGGUACAGAAAGUGAAGAUACUGAGAAUGAAAAGUCAGCUGAAGUGAUGCUUUCUCCUGAUAUGCUUAAAACGAACAAACGAUUGCUGUUAGCAUCAUUCUGCAAAUCAGUAGAGUACCCAACCCCAGAUGGCACAUCUUCUGAAAAAGUGAAUGAAAAUAAUAAAGCCAGUCAAAAACCUUCAGUUCAGGACACUGAUGCUUCAGUGGAACUUAAGGAGAAUGAUCUGCCUUCUUUCAAUGUCUCCCUUCUAGACUGGAUAAAUGUUCAGGAUAGACCUAAUGAUGUUGAAUCCUUGGUCAGAAAAUGUUUUGAUUCCAUGAGCAGACUUGAUCCAAGGAUUAUUCAGUCCUUUUUGGCAGAUUGUCGACAAACAAUUGCCAAAUUAGAUAAUCAGAACAUGAAGGCCAUUAAGGGACUUGAGGACAGGCUUUAUGCAUUGGACCAGAUGAUAGCUAGCUGUAGCAGACUGGUAAAUGAACAAAAAGAACUUGCUCAGGGAUUUUUGGCUAAUCAGAAGAGAGCAGAGAACUUGAAAGAUCCUUCUGUGUUACCUGAUUUGUGCUUGAGUCAUGCAAAUCAAUUGAUGAUUAUGUUAACUAACCACAGGAAACUUUUAGAUAUUAAACAGAAAUGUACUACUGCCAAACAGGAACUUGCAAAUAAUCUACAAGUCCGACUGAAGUGGUGCUGCUUUGUAAUGCUUCAUGCUGACCAGGAUGGAGAGAAACUGCAAGCCUUGCUUCGUCUUGUAACAGAGCUGCUAGAAAGAGUGAAGAUUGUAGAGAAACUUAGUAAUGUCCCUCAGAUGUACUGUUUGGCUGUUGUUGAAGUUGUAAGGAGAAAAAUGUUUGUAAAACACUACAGGGAGUGGGCUGGUGCUUUAAUAAAAGAUGGGAAGCAUCUUUAUGACUCAGAAAAGGCCAAAAGGGAAUCUUUUGGGAAGUUAUUUAGGAAAUCUUUUCUAAGAAAUCGUUUGUUCAGGGGACUUGAUGCCUGGCCUCCAUUGUUUUGUACCCGAAAACCUCGCAGGUUUGAUGGUGAACUUCCUGAUAUCUCAUUAUCUGAUCUACAAUUUCUGCAGUCCUUUUGUCCUUCAGAAGUCCAACCAUUACUCAGGGUUCCUAUACUUUGUGAUUUCGAACCUCUCCAUCAGCAUGUACUUGCUCUACAUAACCUGGUCAAAGCAGCACAAAGUUUAGAUGAAAUGUCACAGACCAUUACAGAUCUGCUGAAUGAACAAAAGGCUUCCAACAGUCAAGCCUCACCACAAUCUGUCACUACACCAAGGAUAGAAAGUACAACAAUUGCUACCUCUCCUAGAACUCCUCCACCACUCAGUCUUCAGGGUCCUUUGUGCCCUCCUGUUUGUCCCCCAGGACCUUUAGAAGAAUUGUCCCCAGACAGUAUUGAUGCACAUACAUUUGAUUUUGAAACAAUUGCCCAUCCAAGCAUUGAGCAAGCUCUUAAGCAAGGGUCUUUGGACUUGGACUCACUGGCAGAAAGUCCAGAAUCUGAUUUUAUGUCAGCAGUGAAUGAGUUUAUAAUAGAAGAAAAUCUGACCUCUCCGAAUGUGAUAAGUGAUCCUCAAAGUCCAGAAAUGAUGGUGGAGUCUCUCUAUUCCUCAGUUAUCAAUGCAAUAGACAGUAGGCGGAUGCAAGACACAAAAAUAGGUGCAAAAGAGGAAGCUUUAGAAAAUUCCGCUAUAGACAUUUAUAUGGGAAAAUGUAGAGAUGUUGCCCAGGAAUCUCGGUUAAAUUUAAUUAACAUAAAAGAAGACCUUUGUCACUUUAGAACAUUUGUAGAAAAAGAACAAUGCGACUUUUCCAGUUCUUUAAAAUGUACUUCAAUAGAAAUAAAGAAUAUUAUAGAAAAAGUAAAAUUUUCUCUUGAAAGAACACUGAAAGAUAAACAUCAGAAAGAACUUCAAUCUGUAAAAACUGAAUAUGAAAGCAAAAUGAAUACCUUAGUUGAAGAUGGCGAAGAGAACAAAAAAAAGAUUACAAAAUUAAAAUGUGACCUAAAAUGUCUUGAAGAUGCUUUGCACGAUAAAGAUAAUGAAUUUGCAAUAGUAAAAAAAGAAAAAGAAGCAGUUGUGUUUUUACAGAAUGAAAAAGAACAGAAGCUGCUUGAAUUGGAAUGCCAAAUGAAGAAUCAGAAUUGUGAAAUUAAAGAACUAAGAGAGUCACGUGAAAGGGUAUUAGAAAGUUUGAAAAAGCUUCAUACUGAAAAUGAUGAAAAAAUGCAACUUCUGAGGGUGGAACUUCAGACUUUGGAGCAAGAUCACUUAAAGGAAUUGGAAUCCAAUCUACAUGUUAGACAUACACAAGAAUUUGAAGAACUAAUGGUGAAACACAAUGAUUGUUUAGAGGAGUUAAAAAAAGAAAACCAACACCGAUUUGAACAAAUGCAGGAAACUCAUGUUGCAGAUGUCCAUGGAAAAGAACAACAGAUUGAGGAAUUAAAGGUCAACGUUUCUGAACUGUCUGACUUAAGAUGCAAAUUGGAGGUUGAACUUGCACUGAAAGAAGCAGAAACAGAUGAAAUGAAAUUACUCUUAGAAGAAAACAAAACUCAACAGCAAGAUAAUCUCAAAAUUCUUAUUGAUAAGGAAAUGGAAAUGUUAAGAAAAGAGAUUGAUAAAUUAAACCAUGUAAUACAAGUUACUAAUGAUGAAUAUCAGGUGGGUCUAGCAGAGCUAAGAACUUUAAUGACAGUUGAGAAAGAUCAGUGCAUUUCAGAAUUAAUUGACAGGCAUGAAGAAGAAACAAAUUUGCUUAGAACAGAAUUGACUAAAGUAACCUCUUUUCAUCAACAAGCUCUUGAAGCAGAAAAAAGAUUGGAAGAACAAAUAACAGAAUUGCAAGGUAAGCUAGAAUUGGAAGUAAAUGCCCUAGAAAAGCAAAAAGAAGAGAAUUUGUCUCUGUGUGAACAGCAGAAGAAAUAUGAAGCCACUAUCAAUAAGAUUGCAGAAGAAAAAGAGCUACUAGUAAUUGACCAUGAGCGGGACAGGAAGCUGCUUGUUGAAAAGCUUAAUUGUGAAAAAGAAGAUGCAGUACGAACUGCCCUUAAAGAAUUUGAAUUGCAGAGGGAAGCUGUUGAGAAAGAACUUUUGGGGAAAAUCCAGCAACUUGAGAUGCAAGUUAAUCAGAGUUGGGCUGAAUCAUCUGCAUCAAGCUUAGUUGCAGAACUUAAAGAAAAACUUCAGGAAGAAAAAGUGAAAUUUUUGGAGCAGCUUGAAGAACAUGAGAAAAGAAAAAAUGAGGAAAUGCAAAAUAUUCGAACAUCACUCACUGCAGAACAGCAGACUACUUUUAACACUGUUCUAACGAGAGAGAAAAUGAAAAAAGAAAACAUAAUAAAUGAUCUUAGUGACAAAUUAAAAACAAUAAUACAACAGCAAGAAAGGGAUAAGGAUCUGAUUGAAACCCUUUCUGAAGACCGAGCUUGUUUACUUGAAGAGAAGAAGAAACUUGAAGAAGAAGUUAAUAAGUUGAGAAGUAGUAAUUUUGUUCCAUCAGCCUAUUUACCUCCUACUUCAGAACCUUCUGGAGCUUGUGCAGCUGAUUUUACAGCAGAAACUGAGCACUUAACUUCAGAUACAACAGAUGAAGGAAAAAUGGAUUCCACACUGGAAACGAGCAUGAUGGCUGUAAAUGAAAAUGUGCAGAUGUCUGAAGAAAAACAGAGGAUAAUGAUGUUAGAAAAAACAUUGCAGUUGAAAGAGGAGGAAAACAAGAGGCUUAAUCAAAGAUUGAUGUCUCAAAGCAUGUCUUCGGUGUCGCUAAGACAUUCUGAAAAAAUUGCUAUCAGAGAUUUUCAGGUUGGUGAUUUGGUUCUCAUUAUUUUGGAUGAACGUCAUGACAACUAUGUACUAUUUACUGUUAGCCCAACUUUGUAUUUCUUACACUCAGAAUCUCUUGCUGCACUGGAUCUCAAACCAGGUGAGUGUGCUUCAGGAGCGUCUCGAAGACCCUGGGUGUUGGGAAAAGUUAUGGAAAAGGAAUAUUGUCAGGCAAAAAAGGCACAAAACAGAUUUAAAGUUCCUUUGGGUACAAAAUUCUACAGAGUAAAAGCAGUGCCAUGGAACAAGAAAGUAUAACACAUGAUGGAAACUCAACGCAUUACCAUUUUUUUGGCCUGGCCUUCAGUGCUCUUUCAUCACUCCCAAGUAGCAGACCAUCAUCUUUUUAUACUGAGGUCCCAUGACAAUGCUUCACAAUAUAAUACUUUUUCUUUUUAAUGUGUUACAUUUUGGAAACAAGAAUUUCAUCCCAAUGUCUGGCCUAACUGUUCCAGUUUUUUACCCAGAUAACCUUAGAAGUGUGGACCAAAUGAGUUCAUUUUCUGAAAGGGCAAAUCCUGUGUAUCAUGGCUUAUUUACUAGCCGUGUUAAUUGCCUGUUAAGUAUACAUUAGAUCAUAUUAGGUGUUAAAUGUUAGCUACCAUUAUUACCAGCAUAUGUCCUUUUGUGAAAUCAUUAUCAAAGUACUUGCACUCUUUAACAGAUUCUUUAUAAUAUGUGUAAAUCCAUCAGCUAUUUAAAGAGGAGUGUUCAUUGCAUGCAGAUAAUCAUAAUUUUCUUCAACAUGAGUUUGCCUCAGUAGAUGAAAAGGUAACUACUACAAGUUGCUUCAUUGCAUUAAAAAGCCCUUUAAUAUAAAAGAGAGAAAAGAAAAACGUUAGGCUGAUACAAAUCAGUCAUAGGUAAAUCUGCAGUCUUCAAGAGUUUUUUUUGAAGGAUGGAUCACAGAAUUUUGCGGGGAAGUAGAUGUGCUCUUCUAUUUAAAUAAAGCACCAGGACCUUCCCAAUCCACAGAGAUGUCUUGUAUUAAUCUAUUUAGAAAAAAAAUCAUAUUGAUAAAAUUUUAUUUCAUGGCUGAGGUUCAGGAAAAAGAAGAAUCCAUUGUACAUUAACUAUAAAAAGGUCAUUUAAGUAACAAAUUAUUGUAUUGUAAAAGACAUGUAGAAUUUUAAAACAAUAAAGAUUUGAACCUGUAAAUGUCUAAAUGGUCUGCAUGCUUUUUCAGUGCCCAUGUGGUACGGCAGUUCUAUCAAACUAUUCUUGUAAAUUUUAAAUUUAAAUGUAUAAGAAAAUUUGUAUGAAUAUAAAAUGCCUGUAUUAUUCUAAAAGAAACAACAUUCUGAAACUUUCAGUGUAUGGUCAAGCUCAUAAUUCAAACAAGAGUUCAUGUGUGCAUAGAAAACAUCUUAAGUAAAAUGGUUCAAAUAAAUUGCGU